AUGUCAAGAGCUCAAAUAGUGUCAGAAAUUCAUAGACCGGCUCGAAAAAAUUACCGGAGGAGAAGAUUUCUACAAAAAGGUUUAAAUGAUACAUGGCAAAUUGACUUAGUUGAAAUGAUUCCUUAUGCAAAGUUUAAUAAGGGCAAAAAAUAUAUGUUAACUGUUAUAGAUACCUUUUCUAAGCACGCAUUUGCUGAACCGGUAAAAAAUAAAACUGCUGAUAAUGUUUUACAAGCUUUUAAAACAAUUAUAAAACGAAGUAAAACUGUACCAAAAAAUAUUCAUUCAGAUCAAGGGAAAGAAUUUUUUAAUAUCAAAUUCAAAAAUUAUAUGCGGGAGAAAGGAAUUAAUCAUUACCAUACGUUUUCGGAUCUUAAGGCGUCUAUUGUAGAACGCUUUAAUCGUUAUAAUGCAAAUUGGUCUACUGAAAUUUUUAAAGUUAUUAAAGUACAUAAUACAUAUCCAGUUACUUAUGAGUUGCGUGAUUAUCAGAGUAAUGAUAUAUCUGGUAAAUUUUAUGAACCUGAAUUAACACCUGUUAAAAAUUCUGACGCCUAUUUAGUAGAAAAAAUCCUAAAAAAACAGGGCAAUAAAAUUUUUGUAAAGUGGUUGGGAUUUGACAGUAAACAUAACAGCUGGAUUAAUAAAAAAGACUUAAUUUGA